AAUCACCCCGGGAAUAAAAGUCACCACCAUUCACCAUCCUCCUCCUCCUCCAGGUCAACGACAAUUACAAUGGCUCUCACCGGUGAGGAAGUCGCUAAGCACAACAGCAAGGAUGACUGCUGGGUCAUCAUCCACGGAAAGGCUUAUGACGUUACCAACUUUCUCCCCGACCACCCUGGAGGUCAGGCUAUUAUUCUGAAGUAUGCCGGGAAGGAUGCUACUGCUGCCUACGAUCCGAUCCACCCUCCCUCAAUCAUCGCCGAAAACUUGAAACCCGAAAACCACAAGGGCGAGGUCGAUAUGGGCUCCGUCGCCGUCGAGUCUAUUGAGGAAUCUCCCGAGGAGAAGGAGAGACAGGCUCGUAUUGCCGACAUGCCUGCCCUCGAGGAGUGCUUGAAUUUGACCGACUUUGAAUCUGUCGCAAAAUCUGUGAUGAAGACGACUGCGUGGGCAUACUACAGUUCUGCCGCUGACGAUGAGAUUACCGUGCGUGAGAACCACGCUGCGUUCCACAGGAUCUGGUUUAGGCCGCGUGUGUUGGUGGAUGUCGAGCAUGUUGAUAUCUCUACGACGAUGCUCGGGGCGAAGGUCGAUUGUCCGUUUUACGUCACUGCUACUGCUCUUGGCAAACUCGGAAACCCGGAGGGUGAAGUCGUCUUGACUCGUGCCGCUCACCAGCACAACGUCAUCCAGAUGAUCCCCACCCUCGCUUCCUGCUCCAUGGACGAGAUCAUGGAUGCGGCUCAGGCGGAUCAGGUUCAGUGGCUGCAGCUUUACGUCAACAAGGACCGUGAGGUUACCAAGCGUAUCGUUCAGCAUGCCGAGAAAAGGGGGUGUAAGGGAUUAUUCAUUACGGUCGAUGCGCCGCAGUUGGGUAGACGAGAAAAGGACAUGCGUGUCAAGUAUGGUGAGCAGGCUGCCAAUGUUCAGGGCGACGAGGACGGUGUGGACAGAAGUCAGGGUGCUGCUCGUGCUAUCUCGAGCUUCAUUGACCCGAGCUUGUCGUGGAAGGACAUCCCCUUUUUCAAAUCGAUUACCAAGAUGCCUAUCUUGUUGAAGGGUGUGCAGUGUGCCGAGGAUGCUAUCAUGGCUGUCGAAGCUGGUGUCGAUGGUGUGGUCUUGUCUAACCACGGUGGUCGCCAGCUCGAAUACGCUCGUCCUGCCAUCGAGGUCUUGGUCGAGGUCAGGCAAGCUCUCCUCGAGAGAAACUGGUUGGACAAGUUGGAGAUCUACAUCGACGGUGGCAUCCGUCGUGCUACCGAUAUCAUGAAAGCUCUUUGCCUUGGCGCCAAGGGUGUCGGUAUCGGUCGCCCGUUUUUGUACGCCAUGUCUGCGUACGGCGAGAAGGGUGUUAGCAGGGCAAUGCAGUUGCUCAAGGAUGAGAUGGUGAUGAACAUGCGCUUGAUCGGUGCGCAGAAGAUUUCUGAUUUGAACCCGGCUAUGGUUGAUACGAGGGCUUUGUCGUUCCAUGGAAGCCACCCCACCGACAACUUGUCCCUCCAGGUGUACGACACGAUGAGGUUGCCCGUGGCCAAGGCCAAGCUAUGAGUAUGCUGUAGUUGUGGUUUUUGUGUAUGAGUAUUC